UCUUUGAGCGACCGGAACGCGUUUUUCUCGUCAGCAAGAGCAAAAAAAGCAGAACAGACACUUUAAAAAAACAGUUACUCUGUUUGGUUAGGCAUUGUCUAGGCGUGAAAUGGUGAUCAGUUUAUCGUAGUCAAUAAAAACUACAGAUAGGCAACGUGAAACAUGACGGAGGAGGAUUCGAAGAAUGGAGCGAUUGCCGCCAACGGUGAUAGCACGGAUGUUGAAGGUGAACCGAAGAAGCUGAAGUACCCACGGGCAAUUCCUUUCAUUAUCAGCAAUGAGUUUUGCGAACGUUUUAACUACUAUGGAAUGCGAACAAUUUUGGUCCUGUACCUGACCCGGAAGCUGGACUACGAUGACGACACGGCAACGGUUAUGUACCACUCGUUCACAACGUUGGUGUACUUCAUGUGCAUCUUCGGUGCAAUCAUUUCGGACAGCUGGCUCGGUCGAUUCCGUACCAUCUGGUCACUGUCAAUUGUUUACGUGUGCGGAAGUGCACUGAUCUCGAUUGGAGCCAUACCCACGCUGGAUGUCAACGCCCCAGCCAUGACCAUCAUCGGUUUGCUGCUGAUAGCCGUCGGUUCCGGGGGUAUCAAGCCGUGCGUAGCGGCCUUCGGUGGAGAGCAGUUCAGAAUGCCGGAACAAGCCCGCUAUCUGGCGGUUUUCUUCUCGAUGUUCUACUUCUCGAUCAAUCUGGGUUCGUUUAUAUCGACUUUGAUAACACCGAUUCUGCGUGAGGACGUUAAAUGCUAUGGUGACGAUGAUUGUUUUUCGCUGGCGUUCGGAAUUCCGGCUGUGCUGAUGGUGACUUCCAUCAUUAUUUUCCUAGUCGGUAAACCAUUGUACAAAAUUGUGUCCCCUGCUGGUAAUAUGUUUGUCAAAGUGUGCAAAUGUAUUUGGACCGCUAUUCGCACUCGUUCGAAGGAAAAGGCCGUCAAUCCCCGUGAUCAUUGGUUGGACUAUUCCGAAAAGCGCUGGGGCCAGCAGUUGGUCGAUGAAACAAAAAUCCUGAUGAACAUUCUAAGGCUCUACAUUCCUUUGCCCGUUUUCUGGGCGUUGUUCGAUCAGCAGGGUUCCCGCUGGACCUUCCAAGCUACCAGAAUGGAUGGAGAUCUGGGUUUCUGGACGAUCAAACCCGACCAGAUGCAGGUCAUCAAUCCCCUGCUCAUUUUGAUCUUCAUUCCACUGUACGAAGUUGCGUUCUACCCACUGCUACGGUUGAUUGGUAUUCGCAGACCACUGCAAAAGAUGACUUUGGGUGGAAUCCUAGGUGGAGUAGCCUUUUUCAUUUCGAUGAUUGUGGAAAUCCAACUGGAAGGCACCUACGCCGUCCUACCAAAAGCUGGCGAGUCCCAGCUUCGCAUCUUCAACGGAAUGAAUUGCGAGUACGCGGUCCAAACCAACAUUCCCGAUCAUUCCAAUUUCAUACUGAAAUCAAUGGAAAUGUUCGAAGAAAAAUACGUCUACGUUGAAGGACAGAAAUCGUUUACUUAUAGUUUUUCAUCAAAUACACCCGGCUGUGAUGUUCCACCGAACGGUCAGUUUGAACUGAACGAACGCGAACAAAUUUCCUACUUUAUAAACAAUCGUAACGGUCAGAUCGGGUUGCUCCGCUACGUGGACGAUACGGAUAAAUCCUCCAAAGGAUACCCGCUGUUCCGUGUGCUCGGAAACACGGCCGUUGACCGGUCCUUUGUAUUCAAAGACCUGGAUCCCUCGAAUUCUUUCGAUAGACAUAAGAAUAGUACUUACCACAAUGAUAUUAUAGAAUCUUACCCCUCGGAUUACGAAAUUAGUGUAGAUGGAAAAGUAUUGAUGGAGUAUACGAUGCGACUGGGCGGGGUCUACGCUUUCAUACUGACUGAAGAAGGCGAUACAAUGACCGCCAAAGUAAUCACCGUAACCGAACCGAACUCCAUCAACAUGCUCUGGUUGAUACCGCAAUACGUCGUACUAACCCUGGGCGAAGUUAUGUACUCGAUCACCGGGCUGGAGUUCUCCUUUACCCAAGCACCGGAGAGUAUGAAAUCGGUACUGCAAGGCUGCUGGCAGCUAACGGUAGCCUUCGGAAAUCUGAUCGUCGUCAUCGUCGCCGAAGCCAAAGCUUUCGACGCGCAAAAGUGGGAAUUCCUGCUGUUUGCCGUCCUGAUGGUGGUCGACAUGGGCCUGUUCGCGCUGCUCGCGUACUACUACAAGCCGAUUCCGUUGAAAAAAUACGACGAAGAUGACGCCAACACGACCCUGCCCGUCGAAGAUCAGAAGGAGGAACGGGGCGGACUGGAGAAUCCCACGUUCACCAAGAGUGACUGAUCGCUAGGAAAUGACAACAAAAGUAUUCUGUAGAUAGGUGUUUCAAGUAUGUGCUGUUGUGCAGCCACGUUCUUUGUAAGCUU